AUGACAAACAUAGACCCUGGAACCUCGCAGAUCGAUGAAGAGAGUUCGCAGUUGGCAGAAUUUGCGUCAGGGUCUUCGUCGGUAGACCUACCACUGUCGAGCGACGAAGCACUUACAACUCCAUCGGCCUUUCAAAUAACCUCUGGUCAAACCAUCUCUGGCCAAACAACCUUCGGCCAAACAACAUUUGCAUCUCCCUCAACAACUGGUUUAGUCGAGCCACAAGGGCAGACUGUGAUCUUCCUCAUCCAACUUCCUGACGACGAUCGAAAGCGCAAUAUCAAUAAGCGAGCAGUCGGAGGAUUUGUUGGAGAGGGUAACCCAGAUACCUGCACUUUUGCCUCCAGCUUCAACCUCGCCGGUGGUCAGCUUUUCAAGAAUGCGAAUCCAAUCUAUUAUGAUGGUGAGGACUUCAAAGAGCUGGAUAGUCAAGGGACUCCACCGGCAGAUGCAACUACGAAGGGCUUUGCUUCGACUGGCACAUCGCUUAGCUUUCGAAAUGAUGACUUGCCGGAUGGUGAGGCAGGCUUCUGUCAGACAUCUGAUGGGCAGAAUGGCAAGCUCGUUGGUGUUGAUGAUGUCAGCACUACCUCGUCUAUAGUUACAACUCAAGAUAGCAGCGUCGUAUCGGAUGAAGCUACCAGCCUCUCUUCCGAAGCUGUCGAGCCAUCCACCUCCAGUCUCGGACUGACAACACUCCAGUCUGGCGUGAUAACAUCUUCCGAAACGCCGUCGAGCAUUGAAGACGUGGCCUCAACUACAUCACUGGAGGCAGAUGACUCAACCCCGGAGUCCUCCGUCGUCUCGAUUCCGGUAUCAUCAUCAUCUGAGCUUGCCGAUUCUACUACUAUCUCGGACCUCGCCUCCACCACUUUAGCUACCUUGGAAGCAUCAUCUGAAGGGACAACGACUGAGUCUGCGGAUGGUAAAACUGUAAAGACAAUUAGUAACGAAGAGACCACGGAAGCCUCUACUACCGCAGACGAAACAUCUGACCUUACCGAAUCUACCACUAUUUUGAACAUCGCCUCCACCACUUUGCCUACCUUGGAAUCAUCUUCUGAAGGGACAGCGACUGAUUCUGCCGACGAUUCAACGCUAGAGACAACCAGCAAUGAAGCCACCACGGAAGUCUCUACUAGCGCAGAUCAAACAACUGCCCAGACCACCACAACUGCAGAAAUUCCAACUACUACUGUUGACGCCUGUGUAGCAGGUAUCACCUCAAUGGAAGGCUCGCCUCCCCUACAAGAUCGCAUCGACGACUGCGAAGAGUUCAACGUGGUCACAGUUAGCCCAUACACCGUCACUGUGACAAUCAACAAAAAGCGAUGGGAGUAUCGCAUCCCUACCGGUUGGCCCACCGCAAGACCUACAAACAGGCAGCUCGUGCGUCGUCAAGAUCCCGAUGCGACUACCAUUUUCCCCACCGAGACACCUGCUUAUGCUACUUAUUGCAACUCUGCGGAGGACUAUUACGAUGCUUGCUCUAGCGCUGGUGUCACUGCUAUGACGACUACUCUGCCGACACCUACUGAGAGUGAGACGGAUGAAGAGCCUGCGUGUCGUGCUGCGUCGUUGGUGAAGAGGGCUGGGGAAGGUUUGGGAUAUCAAUUUGAGGAUGAUUGGGAUGUCAUCCGUAUGCCGGGGUGGAGGUACUUCUGA